UCUCUCAACUAAAUUCGCGAUUGCCAGUGAUUCCGACCAAAGUUUAGCGCUUCCUGCUUCAAGAUGGAGCCGAUCAAGGAACCGCCUCAGACAUUUAUCUUUGACGUCGUGGUCACCAAUCUGGAGGCACAGGGCGUAGAAAUCGCCGACCCCAAGCGGCUGGUGAUCGAUGUGAACUUCAAUCGCAUGCCAUUGACCCUCACCUCGAGCCGGAUCAAUGUCAACGAGUUCAAGUCGGGCAGCGGUCUUCAGUUCGAGGCGGAGCCCAACGACCUUCGCCACACCCUCGAGGAAUGCGGCAUGACGUUCGUGGUAAAGUACGACGAUCGCGCAGUGGGCAACGGAGAGAUAGCCUUCCCUACCAUGGUCACGGAGCGCAUCGAACCAGGGAUGAGUGACAUCAUCCACGUGGACACGUGCGUGUUGGGUAAGGGGGCUGAGCCGGCCGGUAUGCUGCAGAUCCUCUGCCGCCUGGUCAUCCGUUGCAGUGAUCAGCCGAUGGUGGGAGGGAGCGAGUGCGAGCGGAACAUGGACAACAGCAUCAAUCCGCAGGACAUAAUGUUCGUGGUGGAUCCAGGGGCAGCGCGCCGCCGGCCUUGUCGGUAUCCGGAGGAGUUUAAUCGAUUUAGUAGCACAGCCUAGAGCGGAUUACUAACGAAUACCAAUGGAAAUGCCGUAUUUGCCUCUAUAUCUGGUGGUUAGCUGUACUAAUGUAUGUAUUUAAAAUUGAUUUUGUCACGUGAGGCGAAGAGCACAAGAAAUAAGAAAAUGUUCUUUUAUAAAUUUAGCGGUGUUGGGCUAAAGGUAGAAAA